UGAGAUGGUGCUGCGUGACAUUGUUUUACCAUCGGCAAAAAUUGCACCACGCCUUACCAAACUAACAAACACCAACAUAAGAAAGAGAGCCCAAGUUCAGGCUCAAAUACAUCUAUCUUCGUCUUGUUCGGAUUUUUUCAUCACGACCUCAAUCUCAGUGACAGUUGUGGCAUGCUCGUUACUCGUAACUCUUCAAAUGGCAAUUGCUGUUUUUCAAGGUUUCGCUUGUAGAAGCCAAGUAUCAUUCCAUAUCCCUCUUAUUAACCGUGUUCACAAGGCAAGACAAAACUGUUCUGUGGCAGCCAUUGAAUCGCUGGCUGAAUCCGUAAGUGUGCAUAACGAAGAUAAUCAGUUUUCAACUGCUAGAAUUGUAAAAGUAGGACGAGGCAAUGAUGAAUCCAAACCACAUGAAUGGAAAAAGUUGUGUUCGAAAGAACUUGGAGUCAAGACUUCAAGGAUUACAAAGCCUGCAAAAUUUGUAUUGAAUGUGCUUAGAAAAAAAGGAUAUGAGGUAUACCUGGUAGGAGGUUGUGUACGGGAUCUUAUAUUAAACAGAACUCCUAAAGAUUUUGACAUCUUGACAUCUGCUGAACUUAAAGAGGUAAUGAGAGCAUUUCCCCACUGUGAAAUAGUUGGAAGGCGAUUUCCUAUAUGCCAUGUACACGUAGAUGAUGCCAUUGUGGAGGUUUCAAGUUUCAGCACAACUGGAAGGAGGUCAAAAUUUAGCUUGAGAAAACCAAAAGGCUGUAAUGAAAGUGAUUUUAUUCGCUGGAGAAAUUGUGUGCAGAGGGAUUUCACUAUCAAUGGGUUGAUGUUUGACCCAUUUGCGAGGAUCGUAUAUGAUUAUAUUGGUGGAAUGGAAGAUAUUCAAAAGGCUAAAACCCGCAUAGCAUAUUCUGAGGCUUAUCAGGUUCGCUGCAUAGCCCCUGCAAAUAUUUCUUUUGUGGAAGAUUGUGCUCGCAUUCUGCGUGGGGUUAGAAUCGCUGCUCGUUUAAGAUUUCAAUUUUCCAGAGAAACCUCUCAUUUUGUAAAAGAAUUGUCCGAUUCGUUGUUGAGGCUUGAUAAGGGCCGAAUACACAUGGAAAUGAAUUAUAUGCUGGCCUAUGGAUCUGCAGAGGCUUCACUAAGGUUACUGUGGAAAUUUGGACUCCUUGAGAUUCUUCUACCCAUCCAAGCAUCUUACCUUAUUUCACAUGGAUUCCGCAGACGUGAUAAGAGAUCCAACAUGCUCCUGUCUUUGUUUGGCAGCUUGGACAAACUUGUAGCACCUGAUCGUCCAUGCCACUGUUGUCUGUGGGUUGGCAUCCUGGCAUUUCAUGAGGCGUUGGUAGAAGAGGGUCGCGAUAGUUUGGUGAUCGGUGCAUUUAGCAUAGCUGUCCAUGGCGGUGGAUCAUUGUCGGAAGCAGUAGAUAUUGCAAUGAAGAUCUCACCUCCUGAAACCAGAUUUCAUGAAGUUAUUAUAUCCCCUACCACAUAUUUAUAUUCUAAACAUGAAUUAAUGGAUGAGGUUGUAAGACUCGCAGCUUCUGUUAAAGCUGCAUUACGGAGGCUCACAGAUGACCACUUUGUUUCCCAGGCCCUCAUUAAAUACCCCCAAGCUCCACAAUCCCAUCUGGUUUUCAUUUCAUGGGCUCUAUCACUAAAGGUAUCCUCCAUCUUUGACUGUGUCAAAAGGGGCAAAACUCGGAGGACCUUUCUACCAAAACAAGGAAAUGAAAUCGACUAUCAAUCAUUGGCAUCCGGCAGAUUGGAUGAAGUUAGGGCCAUUUUUGGUGGAGCGAUUUCAUCCAUACCACCCCCUUUCAUUAUAUCCUACAAGGAAUGA